CUCUAGAAUGUCCUCUCACUUGCUGUCCACGUUGAUGCUUGUGGUCGUUGCCACUAGCUGCCUUGUGCUGUGUGGUUUCUCGGAGGCUCAAAAUGUUUGUCAAUUUACACCAAAUACUCCUAUUUCAUACGACUCGAUUAAAUCAUGUGUUUAUAACAUUACAUUGGAUUCCGAAAUUUCUAAACAAACACUUUCUAGUAUUCAAAAGACAAUUCCAAUGUACGUCUUUCGUGAAUAUGUAAAGAAUGCUACCGAUCCACGUUUCAAUAUUAGAGUUGAUCUUUUGGCUGAAUUGGAAAAGAUUUCCCAAGAAACCUUUGAAUAUGAUUUUGAUUUCCAUCAAUCAAUUGUUGCUCUCUUCAGACAACUCAAUGAUGGACAUACUUUAUAUUUUGCUCCUCAAUGUUAUGGAAAUUUAGUAUUGAGACAACCAUUCUCUAUCAUUUCCUAUCUCGAUGAUGCUGAUAAUGUUCAAAAGAUUGGAAUUGCCUCUCUCAAUAAUGCUUCUGGAAUUAUUGAUUAUUAUACUGGUUUGGGAUAUGAUUUGAAAAAGUUUGUUGGAGGUGAAAUUACCAAAAUUCAUGGAAAGGUUGCUAUUAGACAUAUUGUCGAUUGGGCUAAUGCUAAUGCUGGUGGUUACAAGGAUGAAGGAGCUCGUUUCAAUGUUGCCAUCUCUAACUUGUUCAUGACUAGAUCUUUGAAUAGACUCGGAUUCCCAGUUAAUGGUGAAAUUGUUUCCUAUGAAAUUUUGGCUACUGAUGGAACUACUAGUACUGUUAAUAUUCCUUGGGUUGGUUCUUCAUUGAUUAAUUAUCAAUCACCAAACGAUUUCUAUGCCUCAUGUCUUGCUACUGCUAAUAGAGCUAGAUUGACCAAUGAGGAAAAGAAGGUCGAUCCUCUCCAAGAAAAGAGAACUCUUCCACUUUUGUCUAAAGCAACCAAGGAUACUCACAAUAUUGUCAAUCUCAUCACUGGUGAUCAAGUUAAUUAUUUCCAAAUUGAUGGAAAGGUUGGUGUUAUUACUGUUGAAUCUUUUGUUCCAAAAGAUGAAGUUCAAUUUGCUAAAGAUUUCCAAACAGCCAUGUAUCUUGCCAAGCUCAAUAAGAUUCCACGUAUUAUUGUCGAUGUUACCAACAAUGGUGGUGGUGAAGAAUGUUUGGGUUAUGCCCUCAUUAAAUAUUUGCACUCUAAUGCCUUCUCUAGCAAUUUUGAAACUCUCUUUGCUAGAACUGACAUGAUUGCCACAGAAUUGGGAAGACAAUUAGCAACUGCUGGAACCAAAUUGUCACCAGAUGCUGAUUCUAUUUGGAAUUUUGCUACUUGGAAGACUAUUGAUGGAAAGAAUUUCAAAGAUGAAACUUGGUAUACCAAUCAAAAGAGUUACAUUAGAGGUACUGAUGGAAAACCAGCAUUCUAUUCAUCCAUUCUUAAGGAAAAUUAUUGUCAACCAUCAUUUGAUAAUUACUAUUUCACUGGUGAAGAUUUGUUAAAGUACUCACCAGAUGAUUUCAUUCUCCUCUCAAAUGGUAGAUGUGCCUCCACUUGUGCAUUGUUCACUCGUCACCUCCAAGAAUCUCAAAAGGUAAAGACUGUUGUCGUUGGUGGUUUGAGUGGUCAACCACAACAAAUUGCACAAGUUCCAGGUGGUCAAGUUUAUGAAUUUGAAGAUUUACUUGCUGAUAUUAAGAGUUUGAACAUUAAUUCAGAUGUUACUCCAAAGCCACUUCCAGUUCAAUCAAGAUUCAGAUUUGCCAUUCGUGAAGCUUAUGCUUGGAAUCAAAAUGAAUUAACUCCUUUGGAAUUCUUCUUUGAAGGUUCUGAUUUCAGAUUGAGUUAUACUAAGGAAAGUGCUGUUGAUAGAUCAAAGGUUUGGAUUGAUACUAUGAAAUUCUUUGAUAUUUGUGCUAAAUGGCAAACCAAGGCAUGUAACUUGACCAAUGGACAAGGUGUUCAAAAUUGUAAUACCAACACUGGUAAAUAUGUUCCAACCUGUAUCUUGACCAGCUGUAAUCCUGGAUUUGGUUUCUCUGCUGAAAAGAAGAACUGCAUUCCAUGUGCCAUUGGUGAAUAUAACCCAGGUCAACUUUCCUGUACUGCUUGUACUAAUAAGCCAGCUGAAAAUGCAGUCUACACCAACUCAUCCACUACCAACAAUUGUCCAUUCGCUUGUGAUGAUGGUUAUGAUUACAAUGCCUCAAAGAAUACUUGUGUGAUUUCAGAAGAUAUGAAAGUUGGUAAGGCCUUCUUUGGUAUCAUUAUUUCCCUAUGUGCUCUCUUCUUAAUCUUUGCAGUUGCCUUACUCAUUGUGACCGUUGUCAUGUUUGUAAGGAAUUACAAACGUGUCUCUGGUGAAAGAGCUACUCUCUUAUAACUCAAAUAAAACAUCAAUUAAAUCCA